AUGCCUAGGUUCGGCGUUAUGUCAGGUAACCAGGUUGCUCCAGCCUCCGUUGUCACGAUGGAUAAAAAUAUUACCAUCAAAGCCGAAGAAGCUUCAUCGGACGACCUAGAUUCCAAUAUCACAGAUGUCGAUGAGUCGGCGGUUCAAGUCUCCAAGACAACACCAUCAAGGCCUCCAUCGAUGGCAAAUGGGAAGCGAGUCUCUGCAUACCAACACGAACUUACUAUAAAAACUCCAAGUGCCCCGGCCUUUGGCUCGACUCCCCGGUCCGAUGAUGAUGCUCCUCAAUCUGUUAUUCAUGCACCGGCUGGAUUCGGUGAAUUCGUAGGAAAAACAGCGCCUAAUCAAGUCCAUUCCCAGAAUGACGGGAAACCGACUCCAGGCGAUGGAGAUAUGAAACUAAAAGAGACGAUAAUGAUGAAGCCACAAGGGACAGAAAAGAAAGCUGCCAACAGCCCCGCAUCUCCGCCUCCGAUCACGACAGCCAUUCCUCCCUUGAAAGACUGGUCAUCAGACAGAGCGACACCUCGCGCGCAGACGCGGCAGGAAAUAGAGGAUCUUGAUAGACGUCCUCAUUCUACCAGCUUGGAGGAUAUACCCGAGGGUAUUGACACUGAUGCACCGAUGACAGCAACAGUAGCAUCGUCGUCACCAACCGCAAUGCUAAAUAAUGCAGCCGAUGUAUCUAGAAAGCGAUUUUCAGUUUCAAACGCCAUUCAAACUCGAGAAGACGAGACUGCUGCUUUAUGGACUGCGCUCGAUGAAUGUUGGACAUUUUGCAAUACACUUGCUAACUUGAGCUCCAAUCAUCGCGAGAGGCUUUUCAACUCCACAAGUAAAGGUGACAUGCAGGAACUAGCCUGGAAGUCAUGCUGGAAAUUAUGUCGAAAGCUAUAUGAGGGUCGGGAUGACGACUAUGCGUCGCAAGUCGACCCAACGCUUGAUUUGUGCCGAGACUUUUGCCAGGCGUUAUUCGAAGUCCGUGCGAGAGUAAAUGAAGACGCAGACUCUGUUUUACGAGUCAGCUUCGAGCUCAAUAACCAUCUUUACAAUGCCAGUGAUCAUACUUUGCCACCCGUGUUUCGGGAGCGCACUCUUGAUUUCUAUAUUACCUUAUGCCAUCGACUUAUGAAACAGCGGAUGCAUCUAGAAGAAGAGACAGAUUCGCUGCUGCAUGCUUGCUGGUCACUAGCCGAGAUGCUUUUCAGUAUUCGUCAAAGCAAGCGGGAGGGCAAGAACCCGGAUGAGGAACUUCUGGGAUCAGCCAUCCAAGCUUGCUGGGAGCUCUGCGACCUUUUCCGGGAAGGUUGGACACAGAUUCGACCUGACCGGGGGACCCCAAGGCCCAGCCAGAUAAGCUUCACUGAAGCAUUGCAGAAGGCCACGGAAUCAUCAGUAGAGGUGGUUGAAGAGAAAAUGGAUCCUCAAAUGAACCCAGAGACGCCAACAACCAUAUUCGAGGACACGGCGACCGUUUCACCUGACGAGGCGCCAAUACCCAACAUCCUCGUCCUUGGACAUGCGCAAGUUCAACCCAGCCAACCCAGAUGGUCAUCUACCUCCUCCACAUUGUCGGGACGAUCCCGUACAUCGGAGCAUACAUCCUCGACCAAUACCGUUGUCACAACGGCAGAAGAUCCGAAUAUUCUACGGUUAAAGCUCCUAAUCACCAAGGCCGCCAUGAAUGCCGGAUAUCAAAGAGGUGGACCCCAGACUCUCUCCUCGUUUAGCAAAUCUCUCUCUUCGGAUUCGUUUGGCACGAUGCCGUGGCAGGUCUCGCUCUUGGAACAGUACAAAAAGUUGGUCACGAUGGACCCCGCGUUUAAAGUGAUGGGGGCACCGGGUCAUGCCGGGGCUGUUGAUAUAGCACGGGCUGUACAGUCAAUGGUUCAAAAUGGACAAUACACGUGGCUGCGUGAUUUGUAUAGACUUGUAUUUGGAUUCCACAUUGAAGAAGCUGUUGGUCGCCGAAACGUGACUCUCCAGACUUGA